AUGGAUGUGCCUGUAUUGAACAAUGAACAUGACCCUGAAAUUGUACAAAUUGAAUUAGAGGACAUUCAAGAGGAGAUUUCUUACUGGGAAUCUGCGAUUCUUUGUUAUGUUCUUGGGGCAAACCCACCCCAAAAUGUUAUGGAGGGGUUUGUUAGACGAAUCUGGGGGAAGCUUGGGGUGGACAAGGUAGCCCUGGUAGGACGAGGCAUGUUUUUAGUAAGGUUUACUACGAUGGAGAAUUGUCAGAAGGUGAUCAAUGGGGGAUUUCAGUUUUUUGAUGGAAAACCUGUCAUCUUGAAACCAUGGAAUGCUGAUAUGGACAUUUCUAAGGACCCUGUUAAGAAAUUACCAAUCUGGAUCCAACUUCCUAAUCUUGAGGUUAAGUAUUGGGGAGAGAAGAGUCUGUCGAAAAUUGUUAGCCAGAUUGGGACAAUGAUCAAGGUGGAUCAGGCUACCCACAACAGGGAUAAACUUAUGUUUGCCAAGGUGUUAGUGGAAGUGAAUAUUGAUCAACAAUUCCCUGAAGUAAUUAGGUUCAGAAGUGAGAUUGGGAGGAUGAUUGAACAAAGGGUGAUCUAUGAUUGGCUGCCUAUUUCUUGUUCCAUUUGCAAAGGAAUGGGACAUACUAGUAAUGCUUGUACCAGGAGAGCCGCAUUGGCAACACAGAGAGUUUGGAGACCCAAAGCUAUCCAACCUGUGGCACAUCUUGUAGCACAACCUGUGACACACCCUAUGACACAACCAGUAUCUGUGUGUGAAACACAAACUAUGAUAGACACCACCCCAAGGGGGAUCACACAAGCAGCUAGGUUCAGCAAACAAAAGAAUCAGCAGCUGAAACCAGUCUAUACUGCAAACAAGUAUCAGUUACUUUCUGAAGUAGAUGUGGAAUAUGACAAUGGAGAAAUUCCUAAUGGUGAAGAGAAUCAGUUUCAAAGAAGUCCAGUAGGUAGGGGGGUGGCAGCCCCUAAGCCUAAUGGAUAG